UUGUCCUUCCCAAAGCUUGGGCAGAUGGAGGAGGAGGCUGCGAGGAAGAGGAAGCUGCUGUGGGCCCCCCAGGCAGGCCCCGAGCUGAGGACGGAGAGCAUGGAGGACAAAUCCCCCCGGCAGAGCCUGGUGGGAGAGGCCGUUUUGAAGGGCUCCCUGGUGCAGGAAGGCAGCGGGGAGGAAAAGGCCCGGAGAUGCCCCCGGAGGAGGGGCUGCAAAGCCAGCCCAGGGAGCUCUGAGGAGGAAAGACCCGUCCUGUGCCAGGAAGGCGGCUGGAGCUGGAGCCGGAGCUCCGAGCUGGUGGUCCCUGAGCAGCCUCCCAGCAGGGAGAAGCCCUUCAGGUGCUUGGAAUGUGGGAAGAGCUUCAGGGACAGCUCCGACCUUCUCAGGCACCAGCACAUCCACACUGGGGAACAGCCCUAAACAUGUGGGGAAUGUGGGAAGAGCUUCAGCCAGAGCUUCAGCCUCCGCACCCACCAGCACAUCCACACUGGGGUGUGGCCCUACAUGUGUGGGGAAUGUGGGGAGAGCUUCAGGAGCAGCUCCCACCUCCGUACCCACCAGCUCAUCCAUACUGGCGAAAUGCCCUACUUGUGUAGGGAAUGUGGGAAGAGGUUCAGGAACAGCUCCCACCUCCGUACCCACCAGCUCAUCCAUACUGGGGAACGGCCCUACAAGUGCUUGGAAUGUGGGAAGAGGUUUCAGGACCAGCUCAGAUCUCCUCGUGCAUGAGCGGACACGCACAGGGGAGAGGCCCUUCCGCUGCACCGACUGCGGGAAGGGCUUCAACCAGAACUCCACCCUCGUCAGGCACCGGCGCAUCCACACCGGAGAGAGGCCCUACAAGUGUGGGGAGUGUGGGAAGAGCUUCACCCAGAGCUCUACCUUGACCAGACACCAACGGACCCACCAGUAAGGGAAGGCCCUACGAUUGCCUCGACUGCGGGAAGAGCUUCGGCCGCUGCUCCCACUCCAAAUGACUCCCUGAUGGUGAGGCAACCCCUGGAGUCCAGUGACUGUCAGUCCAACCCUUUCCACCAGAAAGGGCCAGUCCCCUUUGCCAGGGGCAGGUUGUGCCAACAGAACCCUUCUUGGGGGGUGUGGAGAUUCCUGCCUUGACUGGGACCCCCAAGGUCACUGCUGGAGAUUGAGAGCAGAGAUCUCCCCACGAGCGUUGGUCUGGGGGAGUUCCAUCCAUGUCUAAUUCAUAAUUCUUGCUUUGGUGCCAGCUUGAGUAGAAUUGCUUCAACAAUUGCUUUAGUGUAGAGCACUGUCCUAUCUUAUGCUGUACUAAUGGUAGUUUUAGUGUUUCUAUUGUGCAGUAAAUAAUUCUGAUGAA